AAAUUUGAACCUGAAACUUCCCCAUAAACUCAGAUUCCUAAAGUCGAGCAGCCCCACCAACCCCGACUUAACCAUCAAAGACGGCAGCAGUGAAUGUAAGGAGCGGUUCUGAAUCAGGCCUGCAUCAGCUGCGUGAGUCGCUGUGUAAACCACACACAGCAGUGCACAGGCUCAGUCCGUGACUGUGCUGCAACAAACAAAAGUAAAAGUGUUCUUAUGCUGUGGCGUUUGGAUGGUUCUACGUGCUGAGAAGCAAAACAAAUCCUGUUUGUCGUGUUUUUCCUGGAACACACCAGCAGCUGUCGGUACUUACAGCUGGAGGAAGGCAGGGCGUUUCCCUCACAUACAAAACACAAAGUUCCAGGAACAACAGUGAGGCGUGUGUGGGAGCUCUGCUUCUUCCAGGGUUACCGGACUUUGUGGCUGCUGUGGUUUAUAAAGGAGGAUGAAGAUGUUGCUGUUUCUCCUCCUGAGCGUUUCCCAGCAUGCUCUGGCUGUGGUGGUGGAGGUGAAUGAGGGGGAAAGGUCUGUCCUGCUGCCCUGUCUGUUCUCAGGUAUUACACCUGAGGACACCACAGUGAUGUGGACUUGCAGUGACCUCGAUCCCAAAUCUGUUCACCUACAAGGAGAAAAAGGAGGAGACGAUGUUACAGGACAAAACCAGCGUUACAGCAGACGCACAUCAAUGAAUCGUUACGCUUUCAUCAUUAAAGACUUCAGCCUCACUCUGAGGAAACCCACAAAGACUGACAGCGGCAACUACACCUGCUCCAUCAGUGCUGGAGGGAAAGAACGGAGACUCAGAGACAUCCAGCUGCAGGUCAAAGACCAGCAGGCGGAGGUGACGGUGAGGGAAGGGUCAGAGUCUGUCAUCCUGCCCUGCAACACAACAACUGACCUGCCUGAGGACACCACAGUGGAGUGGACUCGCUCUGACCUCGGACUCAUCACAGUCCAUGAGUAUUCUAACAGAAAUGAUGAGCUCAUGACUCAGGACGAAGUUUACAGAGACCGAACGAAGAUGAAUGAAGACCUGCUGAGAACUGGAGACCUCAGUCUGACCCUGAAACACCCCAAAGUGAAAGACACGGGACGAUACAUCUGCACCAUCUACAGAGAUAAAGACAUCCUGACACAGAAAGUAGUGCUGCAGGUCAAUGAACCAUUUCCAUCCUGGUCCAAAGUUUUAGUGGGUCUCCUGGUUCUCCUGGUUGUUCUUGGGGUUUCUGGAGGUCUUUUUUUUCAUUUGCGGCAGUAUUUCAUGUCAGGUUACAAGGUGGUGGUGGAUUCAGGGGAGGAGUCUGUCCGGCUGCCAUGCAAAACUAUGGUCAGAUUACCCAACGAUGCUAAAGUGGAGUGGACGGACAAUUCCAUUUCCAACAGGAAGGUCCACGUGUCUGACCAGGUUGGAGGACAGGACAAGGUUUACAAAGACCGAACAGAGAUGAAGAGGAACCUGCUGAAACCUGGAGACUUCAGUCUGACCCUGAAAUACCCCACAGACAAAGACACACACACCUACACCUGCUCCGUCUACAGCCGUGAAGGAAAUCAACCAAUCAUGAGCAAGAAAGUGGAGCUCAUUGUCAAAG